UGUAGUUUUAUUACUUUUACAUCAAAAUGAAUGGUUUUUCUUUGUAGAAAAACCUAGCUGUUUGUACUUGUACAUUGUAAUUUUACAAAGGGCUUGUGGUGAAAGACUAUUUCAGUUUCCUUAGCAUGACUUUCUUGACAUGAAGAGAUAAUUAUUUUAUGGGAACUGUAAUGCACGCAAGGGUCGCUUUCCAAAGAAGAAAACAUGUUGACCUUUCGUCACAACAGAGACGACUACGUCAUGUGACCAGCAUUUUUGCCAGAAAUAUAAAGCAACGUGGAUUUGCUUCCCUCCGUAAAUUGGGAACAUAUUUUUCAAUUUAUCUUGGCAAUAUUGUGGUUUACACAAGUGAAAUAAAGUCAUCAUUUAAUCCAACUUGGCAAAGUUUUGAUGUUAGUCAGUUUUGUGAAGAUUUAAACACAGCAAGUAGCUCAUUCAUUGUGAGAAUCUGGGGUGGAGAAAAUGGAAGUUAUCAAUUGUUGAUUGAAUGGAAUGUUGAUUUGAACGGUCUUGUUUAUUUGGGAGAAAAAAUUGAUCAAAAUGGGUGUUAUUAUGAAGCUAAUUUAUUAAUAUUUGGAUUACAAGAUGGAUAUUACAUUCCUCCUAAGGACACCCAGAAUGAUGAUGAAAUUAUUUCUAAGAGUUUACUGAAGGUUGAUCAAGAAAUGGUUAAAUCAUCUUAUAAUCUAUCUUCGCUCCACAGGCUACAUACAUUAGUUCGUGCUAUUCGACAAACACAAAUACAGAUCAGAAAGAUAAAGACUAGUGCCCAGGAAAAUCUCCACAUUUCUGGACAAAGGUUACAUCGUGCAUGUGAGCGUGAGCGUUUGAAACUUAGUGUAAGAAUGCUUCAGGAAGAGCUUCAUAAACAUAAGAACAUGUUAGAUACAGAUCAAAAAAUGGAAGUUGAACUUGUUAGGGAUGUCCAACACGCUGGAAACAAACUUCGCAAUAAAGUGGAAGGCUUCGAGGUAGCCAAAAGAAAUUUUGACGAAGCAAAAAAGAAUCAUAUUGCCAGAAGGGAAUUAUUGGUAAAGACAAAAGCACAAGUUGUGAUGCGCCGUAGGCAAUUGUGCCACGAACUAACUUAUAUUUAUCCUAUUGAAACGUCAAAAAAUGAAGAAAUGAUUUUAUGUGGUUUACCAUUGCCGAAUACGCAAUCCCCUGAGUUUAACGGUGUAAAUGAAGAAACAAUAAGCAGUGCCUUGGGUUAUGUAAAUCACUUAUUAUCUAUGAUCGCAAGGUAUUUUCAAAUACCUUUAAGGUAUCCAGCCAUCAACAAAGGCUCUCGAUCUACUAUUUUUGAUUUUGUGAAUGAAAAACUCCCUGAUAAGGAGAGAGAAUUUCCUUUGUUUGUAAAAGGCAAAGAACGAUUUCAAUUUGAUUUUGGUGUAUUUCUUCUCAACAAAAACAUCGCUCAGAUUCGAUACUCUCUCGGACUAGCAACGACAGACCUUCGAAGGACUUUACCAAAUAUAAAAAAUCUGUUUGAUAUGAAAUUUGGUGGAAGUUCACCGUAUGUUUCCUGUCCAAUAUCUGUGAUUAAACGUCAUCUUUCACCAACUGAAGGUGGAAAAGACAAAGUUAAAAAUGAAGUUAACUGUACAACUAAACAAAAUGGCUCUUUGUCAAGUCAGGAUUACAUUUGUCAAGAUACCAAUGAGACAGUAAUUGUAACACAUCCACCUUCAAAAUCACAGACAUCUAAAAUAGUAUCUGGACAGAGUUUUUGCCUUACAACAUAUGCAGAAGAGGAAGAAAAUAACUGCGAGCAAAGCUGUUUGAAAGCCCCUGAACGAAGUAUGGUCACUAAAGUUAAUGAGACUGGUAACCAAAGUUCUCGUUACUCUGAUUCUCUUAAUGAACUUGUCCCGAACAAUCGUGUUGAAUCGGGUCAGGAGAAUGAUGACCUAAUAGAUAAUUUAUUUAGUGUAUAAAGAAUUAUUUAGUAACACAACAUAUUUAGUUGAACUGUUCUCGUCACUCUUGUGCUUGAAACAAACUCUACAAUUUCACAUUCGGCCUAACUUCUAAACCUAUAUACAACCAAUUAAUCGAUGUAUAGAAUAAUCAAUAUUUACAGUUGAAAAAGACUCUGAUAACUUCCAA